AUGUACAUAGCAACUGGAAGCGGAAGAGACUCGUUUAUAUUCCUUGGUCCUCAGGAAAGGCAUGGAAAGUAUGGAAAACUCAUCAAGAAUGUUCAUUCAGAACAAAAACAGACAAGAAUUAAUGAAUUUUGGGAUAAGGCAGAUAAGAGAGAGGAUAAAUAUACUCUACCAUCAGGUAAUAGAGAGAAGGAAAAUUCGGCAACUACAAGGUUUAAGGUUCAGGGAGCUCCUUCUGAAUUGGACGAUAAAAAGUGGUUCUCCACUACCACUAGUGCAAAUGGUGGUGUAAAGAAUGCUUCCUAUAAUUCGAGUUCUUUGGCAAGAAAAACAGCCCAAGAUAUAACCCUCUCCGAACCAAGAAUUCCAAAAUAUAGUGGUCAUGUACCAGGAUUACACAAUGUGGUUGGUGCUAGUCCUCACAGCUCAAAAUUCCAAGAGAGAAGUUAUCAAUCGAUGGACUUUGGAAAGAGCUCUUCUUUGGAUGGGUUCAAUAAUACAGUUUCGUUACCAUCUCUUUCCAGAUCAUCAACAGCUAGCUCAUCAAACAGGCAACAACCUGAGACUUCAUUCAGAGUUUCAUCUUCGAGUAGAACUUUUACCAGAUUUGUUUCUCCAGUUAGAUCGUCCAUUCAGACACACCAUUCUGGUAGCUUUGCUGGUCACGUUCCUUCUUCAGUGUCUGGUUUUUCAAACUAUGAAUUGUCUACCUCUAUGAAAUAUUAAUUUAUUUGACCGUUUGAAUGCUAUUAUCAUUAAUCUGAAUCAAUAGAAAUAUUCAUCAAGUCAACCUCAACAAAUUAAUCACAUCAAUAAACACGCUUUUUUUC